AUGCCCACGGUGGACGAGGUGCUCGCGCACGUCGGGGAAUUCAACUUCUUCCAGAAGCAAACGUUUCUCCUCCUCGCUCUGUUCUCGGCAUCGUUCCCCCCCAUCUACGUGGGCAUCGUGUUCCUGGGCUUCACCCCCGAGCACCGCUGCCGGAGCCCGGGCGUGGCCCAGCUGAGCCAGCGCUGCGGCUGGAGCCCGGCUGAGGAGCUGAACUUCACAGCGCCCGGCCCGGGGCCCGCGGGCGAGGCCUUCCCCCGCCAGUGCCUCAGCUACGAGGUGGACUGGAACCGGAGCAGCCUGGACUGCGUGGACCCGCUGGCCGGCCUGGCCGCCAACAGGAGCCUCCUGCCGCUGGGCCCCUGCAGGCACGGCUGGGUGUACGACACGCCCGGCUCCUCCAUCGUGACCGAGUUUAACCUGGUGUGUGCCGACUCCUGGAUGCUGGACCUCGUUCAGGCGGCCGUGAACGUGGGAUUCUUUGUCGGUUCCAUGGGGAUCGGCUACAUAGCAGACAGGUUCGGCCGCAAGCUCUGCCUCUUCCUUACCAUCCUCAUCAACGCUACGUCGGGAGUUCUCAUGGCCGUUGCCCCGACCUACCUCUGGGUGCUACUGUUCCGCCUGGUCCAAGGGCUGGUCAGCAAGGCCAGCUGGGUGAUCAGCUACAUCCUGAUGACGGAGUUCGUGGGGCUGAGCUACCGCAGGGCCGUGGGGAUCGCUUACCAAGCCGCCUUCACCGUGGGGCUCCUGGUGCUCGCGGGGGUGGCCUACGCGCUGCCCCACUGGCGGUGGCUGCAGUUCGCAGUGACCCUGCCCAACUUCUGCUUCCUGCUCUAUUAUUGGUGCGUGCCCGAGUCCCCGAGGUGGCUGCUCUCCCAGAACAGACACGCCGAGGCCAUGCAGGUGCUGAGGCACAUCUCCAGGAAGAACGGCAAGGCCAUGCCCACGGGGCUCCAGUGCCUCAGACCCGAUGAGGAAGUCGGCGAGAAGCUGAACCCUUCGUUCCUGGACCUGGUCCGAACCCCGCAGAUAAGGAAGCACACCUUGAUCCUGAUGUACAACUGGUUCACCAGCUCUGUCCUCUACCAGGGCCUCAUCAUGCACAUGGGCCUCGCAGGGAGCAACAUCUACCUGGACUUCUUCUACUCCGCCCUGGUGGAGUUCCCAGCCGCCCUCCUCAUCAUCCUCACCAUUGACCGCAUUGGCCGCCGCUACCCCUGGGCUGGAUCCAACAUGGUGGCGGGGGCGGCCUGUCUGGCCUCGGUUUUUAUCCCUGAAGACCUGCAGUGGCUGAGAGUCACAGUCGCCUGCUUGGGCCGCAUGGGGAUCACAAUGGCCUACGAAAUGGUUUGCCUGGUCAACACGGAGCUGUACCCCACGUUCAUCAGGAACCUCGGGGUCCUCGUCUGCUCCUCCAUGUGCGACAUUGGCGGCAUCCUCACGCCCUUCCUGGUGUACCGGCUCACCGGCGUCUGGCAGGAGCUCCCCCUGGUGAUUUUCGCGGCGGUUGGCUUGGUCGCCGGAGGGCUGGUGCUGCUGCUGCCAGAGACCGGAGGGCAGACGCUGCCGGAGACGAUCGAGGAGGUGGAGAACUUGUGGAGACCAAGAAGAAACAAAGAAAAGAAGAUUUACCUCCCAGUCAAGAAACAAGACAUCCCCCUAAAGUGAGA